GUCACUGUGUAUUUCAGCUUCAACAGGUGCUCUCGCGUACCAGAACCCACCGUGUGAAGGCUAAACAUGGAGAGCGCUCCGGUAACCGCAAAUGUGGAGAGUUUAUCCACAGAAAAAUCAUCCAAGAAGAAAAAAGUUGUUGCUGUCAUUGGAGGUGGUUUGGUUGGCGCUCUGAAUGCAUGUUACUUUUCAAAGAGAGGCUUUGAAGUAGAAGUCUUUGAGUACCGAGAAGAUAUUCGGCAGGCUAAGCUUGCUCGUGGCAGAAGCAUUAAUCUAGCCCUCUCCGUUAGAGGGCGUCAGGCACUGGGUAAGGUGGGGAUGGAAGAACAGAUUGUGUCGAAAGGUGUCCCCAUGUACGCUCGCAUGAUCCACAAUCUGAAUGGAAAACAAUAUUCCUUACCUUAUGGCAAGAAGGGACAGUGCAUUCUCUCUGUGGACAGAAGCAACCUCAAUAGGGAACUGUUAUCAGCGGCUGAGACAUAUCCAAACACCAAACUGAACUUUAGCCACAAACUGCUGGACUGGAGUCCUGACAGUGGAACCAUGACCUUUCUUCGGGAUGAUGGGUCUAAGAGGGAGAUCCAGGCAGAUUUGAUUGUCGGAUGUGACGGGGCAUUCUCGACCAUUAGGAAGCAGUUCUUCCGUCGCACUCGUUUCAACUACAAUCAGACGUACAUUCCUCACGGAUACCUCGAGCUUACUAUGCCCCCUCGCAAUGGGGAUUUUGCCAUGGAGCCCAGCUACCUCCACAUUUGGCCUAGGAACACGUUUAUGAUGAUUGCAUUGCCUAACUUGGACAAGACGUUUACUUGCACACUCUUCAUGCCCUUUGAUGUGUUCGAGAAGAUCACCACAGGCGAUGAGGUCAUCAAGUUCUUUGAGGAGAACUUUCCAGAUGCCAUCCCUCUCCUGGGAGUUGAUGCUCUGAAGCGAGAUUAUUUCCGAAUCCCCGCCCAGGCCAUGGUCUCCAUCAAAUGCUCACCCUAUCACCUGGGAGACAAGUGUGUUAUUAUGGGGGAUGCAGCACAUGCCAUUGUGCCUUUCUAUGGACAAGGAAUGAAUGCGGGGUUUGAAGAUUGCCUUGUUUUUGAUGAAAUAAUGAAUCAGUUCAGUGAAGACUUUGGUGCUGUGCUGGAAGAGUACACAAGAAUCAGAGUCCCAGACGACCAUGCCAUUGCAGACCUCGCCAUGUACAACUACAUAGAGAUGCGAGCACAUGUCAAUUCCAGAUGGUUCAUCUUCCGGAAAUACCUAGACGACAUGCUUCACUUUGUUAUGCCAAAAACCAUCGUUCCUCUAUACACAAUGGUCACAUUCAGCAGAACACGUUACCAUGAAGUAGUGAAACGCUGGCAUUGGCAGGAUAAGGCGAUCACCAAUGGCCUGUGGUUUUGUGGGAUAAUGGGUCUUGCUGGAGGUUCCUAUCUUCUCUUCAAAUACCCUCCAAAGAUCCCUGACAUCUCAGUGGAGCAGCUACAGAGCCGCAUCAUGGGUCUCAAAUGGUUCUGAAAACCAAAAUUAGACACAAGAGCCUGCCCCCAAUACCUUGAAGAAUUGUGAAAAUCAAUUAAAGUCCAACUGUAAUCCAGAUUUGACCUGUGUAUUAGAUAAGGCUUUGAUUUAGCUCCAUGGCCAUGGAUUAUGUUUUGUCAAAGUAUUGACCAGACCUCUUUUCCUGUAAUUAUAGCAGAGGCUAAUUCGACAUUAACAGGUCCUUAGAGAAACACUUACUCUUUGUGUGAUAAAUGUGUCAACCAUUCGGCAGAUAGAAUGUCUUUUUGCGGUGGUGUGGGUGUUUGUUAACAAUAUGCCUUGAUUGCAGACAGCACUGGAUGGAGCGUCUUAUUCAGAGGAAGAGGAACUGAUGACUUUGACUGUUAAUUUUUCAUUAGUAAGCUCCAUCUCUGUUCUCAACAGUUUCCUGUAUUAUAAUGAAAUUAAUUUUUAUAAUCAACCUCUGAUGUCGGUUAUUCUUUAAUAAUACAACAUGAACAACGUACAGUGUAAUAAAAUCUUACGACAGCAUGGGUCUUAAUUAACUGUUUCUUAAUGAACAGGGUGGCAACUCAGUCUCAAUCCAGUCUCAGAUUUUGAGAAUUCCCUGUGAAAAUGUGUGCAUCUGUUGCUUAUUAUCUUUAGUUAUUGUAUAAGCUACAAAUUCCUUUGAAUAAGUCGGAAUAUGGCAUUCCUCAAGCGCCAUAUUGCAUUGUUCUGUACAUUAAUGCAGAUGUUUACCUUGUGUCACAUCUGGAACUAUUACAAGACUUAUCUGCCUCUGA